UUUCCACUCAUAUGAAAAAUGAGUACACGUGUUAUAAUACUUAAUGUUAAAGAUGCAUGAAUUCUUUGACCAAACAUUUAAAAUGCAGACAGAGUAGUUGGUCUAGUCAGAAGGAAAUUGAACCCAGAGUUGAAAGGUUAAGAAAUAGAUGACGACCAUGGCUGAGGAAGUACAUGUGCCAGUAGCAGAAAAAGGUCCAAGAAAGAGGAAAUUGGGCAAAAAGGGAAGUAAGGCAAAGAAGAAAUUAAAGGUGAUGCCAGGCAGUGGAGAGAAGGUUAAAAUAAAUCAGAAGAUGAGAAAACUGUUUCGCAAGAGGGCAAGAGAGUACAAUUCAGAUGAUGAUGAAGAGGAGCUAGCCCCCUCUGAGAUUAGAGGUGAUAUGCCACUUUCCGCUCACAAUAAUGAGGCAGAAGGUGGGGAUUCUUCUGAAGAUGGACUGGAUAUAAACUCUGAAAAUGAAGAAUUCUCUGAUGAUGAAGAAAAUGGUGAAAUUCAGCCUGGAAUAGCAAGUUUUACGGAAGGUUCUAGAGCAUUCAAGAUGGCAUUUAAGAGCAUCAUAAAAAAUAGUAUAGCUGAUGAUGCACUUGGUCCAGUGUUAUCAGCACACAAGAAGCUUGUUGCUGAGAAGCUCGCUGAAGAGGAAGUUGAGCGAAAGGUCAAGGGAGAGACUAGAAAAAAACACUUGGCAGGAGAGAAGGGGCAUGUGAAGCCUGCUAAUUACUUGGAUUCGCAUGAAAAAUUUCUCAUUGGUGUUGCUACAAAAGGAGUUGUCAAGUUAUUCAAUGCUGUAAACAAAGCACAGAAUGCUCAAAAAGGGUUGAACCCUUCAAGAUCUAAAGAUGCAAAAGUGAUAAAUAAGCGAAGAAAAGAGGCGUUCCUUUCAGAGUUGGGCAAGACAUCAGCUGCUAAUGGUGCCUCUAAGGGUCAUGUCUCAUCAAGCAAUGCAGAUGGAGAAGGGCCUGCUUGGGCUCCAUUACGUGAUAAUUACAUGCUAACCAGUUCGAAGUUGAAGGAUUGGGAUAAGAUGCCUGAUACAUCUGUAGCAGAUGAUGUGGGAAGAACGUCAGAAGAGGAUGAUAGUUCUGAUGAUGAUUGAUUGGAUGAUAAUAUGGACAUCCCUAUUGUAAGGCUGAAUGGAGAUCAUGAUAAUUAAUAUAUAUAUACAAGAUGAAGUUUUGUCUUGAAUGUGUAGAAUCAAGUUUUGCCCCUAUGACAUUUAAUUGGAAAUGUAAGGAUCAAUUUAUUCCUGAAGUGAAAAAACAUACUUGGCAAUGGCCACUGCAGGACCUCCAUGAGCAAUGAGCUUUUAAACAUGUGUCCAUUGGUUUAGCUUUAUUGGUUGAAUAGGUUCAAACGAAGUGGCUUUUCCCGGAGUGGGGUAGCGUGGAGGCAUGAAUUCAUGCCAGAGAUUAGCGUCUGUGUAAACCGUUUCUUAACGAGUGAGUUUUAUGUUCCCACCGAAGGUUUGACUGAAAACACAUUUUCCAUGUUUUGUUUCUUGCUCUA